AUGGGUUUUGAAGAUGGGCAAAUAGUUCUGGACAGUCCUAAUGGAACAUAUUACUCGGGACAGGCGGUCUGUGGAACAUUACAUUUUGUGCAGCCGAAAGUAAAAACAUUUAGAGGUAUAUAUGUACAAUUUAAAGGAUACUGUAAAGUCCAUUGGACCACCUCUCACACUAGGACGGUGAAUGGUAAGAGUGAAUCAUAUACAAAAUCUCAUGAUUCACAUGAAGAAUAUGUUAAUGUUAAGACUUAUCUAGUUGGAGGAGAGUCAGGUGAACAUAGCAUAAACCCUGGAACUUAUGAGUACAAUUUUAGAUUCAAUAUUCCUGUUAAUUGCCCAUCAUCAUUUGAGGGUCACUUAGGUCAUGUGAGAUAUGAGAUUAAAGCCGUAGUUGACAGAGCAUUUAAGUUUGAUCAGGAGAAGAAAGUUGCUGUACGUGUUAUGGCACCCAUGGAUCUUAAUCAAAAUCCUUAUUGCAAGGAGCCCUUGGAGCUGGAGUUCCAUGAUUCGUACUGCUGCUUCUGUAUGGGAUCAGGCUCAGCGGACACAACGGUGAAGCUGCCCGUAGCAGGGUAUUGCCCCGGACAAACUAUACCCAUUGAACUUAAAUGUUCUAAUCAAGGCAGCGUUGAGAUUGAUUAUAUAAAAUUGGAGAUUACCAAGAAACUGACCUUUACUGCAACCCAUGAGCCUGGUACUAGGACAGAGAAAGAAACUGUAGCAGAGAUCAAGAAGAAUUCUAUACCCACAAACACUAGCAGAGAUUGGACCGUAGAGAUGAUGGUCCCAGCCCUGGAUGUAUACAACUUGGACAACUGCCGGUACAUUGAUGUGGAAUACAAAUUCAAGGUGACAGUCAACCCUUCUGGAUGUCACUCAUCUACUGAUGGCAGUCGUAAGAUUAUAAUCGGAACAGUUCCACUAGUCGGUUUCCAAGACGAUGUACGAAACCCACUCGAAAGUCAAAUGCCGCAGCAAACGAUUACAGCCGUUACUCAGCAGCCAGUAGCAGGAAUUAGUUCCUACCCCGGAUCCCCAUACCCUCCCGUAGUUAAUGUUCAACCUUACCCUAAUACUGCCUCACCAUACCCGCCAGCUCCGUCACCCUAUCCACAAACCACACCACCCUAUCCACAAACCACUUCACCCUAUCCACAAAACACUUCACCCUAUCCUCCAACCACUUCACCCUAUCCCCAAAACACUUCACCUUAUCCUCCAACCACAUCACCCUAUCCACAAACCGCGUCACCUUAUCCAAACCCUGCAUCACCUUAUGCUCCAUCUUCUUCACCUUACCCAAAUAAAUCUCCAUACCCUGCUAGUAAUUCCCCCUACCCUCCUGCGAAUCCAUCAAGUUCUCCAUAUCCAGACAACCCUCCCCCAUAUCCUGGUAACAAUCAAGCAAAUAAUUCUCCAUAUCCAGCCAACCAAUUCCCUGCUACUAAUUCCCCCUAUUCCGCUGCUCCCUACCCUGCUACUAAUUCCCCCUACCCUGACUCGUCCCCUUACCCUCCUAAACAAGAUAAGCCCAUGGGUUUCUCAGUUCCAAGUGGUAAUGAGGUUAAUACACCACUUUUGCAGCCAAACCUCGAUCCCAGCCCAUACCCACCUACAUCAAGUCCCAACCCGUUCGCAGCUGCUAGCGCGCCCACAUUGGACUCGCCCGAUUCCCGUGUGUAUUAA